GGAGCAGAAGAGAACGGCUGGGGUGGCUUUGCUCCAGCCACCCCUGCCCUUGGCGCAGCGGUGGUAGCGUCCGGGCCCGGCUCCCGGAAGAGACGGCGCCCCGGAGCCAGUGCACUCCUGCACUUCCGCUUUCCGGCCUAGCCAGCACCAGCAAUGACUGCCACUCUCCGCCCCUACCUUAGUGCCGUGCGGGCCACACUUCAGGCUGCACUUUGCCUGGAGAAUUUCUCCUCCCAAGUUGUGGAGAGGCACAACAAGCCAGAGGUAGAAGUCAGGAGUAGCAAAGAACUCCUGUUACAACCUGUGACCAUCAGCAGAAAUGAGAAGGAAAAGGUUCUGAUCGAGGGCUCCAUCAACUCUGUUAGAGUCAGCAUUGCUGUGAAACAGGCUGACGAGAUUGAGAAGAUCCUUUGCCACAAAUUCAUGCGCUUCAUGAUGAUGAGAGCAGAGAACUUCUUCAUCUUGCGUAGGAAGCCUGUGGAGGGUUAUGAUAUCAGUUUCCUGAUCACAAACUUUCACACAGAGCAAAUGUACAAACACAAACUGGUGGACUUUGUGAUCCAUUUCAUGGAGGAGAUUGAUAAGGAGAUCAGUGAAAUGAAGCUGUCCGUCAAUGCUCGAGCUCGUAUUGUGGCAGAGGAGUUCCUCAAGAAUUUUUAGAGCAUCUGACUGGAUCUCUGGCUACUCCCUCCUCUCAUCCUCUCUCCUCUCUCUGCAAAGUUGCCCUGGCAGAGCUUGGAAGAACAGUGGGGCAAGGGGAGGGACAGGGCUUGGGGAUGCUGGGCACAGGCUGGAGAGCUUGCUAUUGGAAAGAAAAAACAGCAGUAGACCUGCAGGGCCACAACUAGUGGCCAUCAAUGUUCAGUCCCCUGGGCUGGGACAGGUUUUUUUUUAAUGUCUUGAAAUUUAAAACUCUGUGCUUGUAGGACACUGUAACCUUUGUCUUUUUUUAAACCAACAUAACCACCUCCAGUUGCUUUACUGUGGGUCUGGGCGGGCCUGGAGCCAAAAGGCGGCUGUGGCCUUCCUUCCCCCCCCCCCCCCCCCAAUGUGCAGGGAAGAGCGGUUCCAGACCAAGCCUCUUUCUUUCCCUCCUUGGUCCCAGCGGAGGCCACAGGGGCUGCUUCUUGGCUUUCUGAGAUCUGCUGACUUAAGAGGGCUUGAGGUAGGGGUGAAGUGUGUGGGAAGACAGGCCCUCAUUGUGCCUCAGAGCCUAGAACAGUGGUGGGUUCUCCACUCAACCUUCGGAAGGGGAGUGGAGCCUCUGUUGAGACCUGCCUCCUGGGGGUCCUUUGUUGUCCAUGCUAGAAGUGGUGGAUCCUUCCCUAGUAGAUGCCUCUGCCAAUCAGUGCCCCCACCCCUUUGCCUGCCCUUGAUUCUUCUGCUCUUGCACUCGAUGUGACUUUUCUUAAUCUGGUGACCUCACACCCCAUUAAAAUCUUUUCCUGCCCUCUGAGGGGCUGCAUGA